AUGUCAGACAGGCCGUCACCACCUCUCCGGGCGAGGACGCAUUCACCGCAGCAGAAGGAAAAAUACAGCCCACCCCAGGACCAGCAUGACCGCCGGCAGCUCCACUCCGCCGAGCACGAGGGCCCCGGAGGCCGCUCCACGGAUCGGCUCGGUGCAGUGCAACCGCGCAGGAUGGUUUAUGAAGGAGGCGAACGGCAGCAGCCGCCGCCGCCGAGCAGCUCAGCGCAGCGACCUACAGAACAGCUUCCGGAGCUGCGACCGUUGUCUUCUGCUGAGCCCGACACAGCACAGCCGUCUCCCCAGAUGGGUCCCUUCGGCUAUUCCGCCUUCGGCGCAUCUGGCAGCUUCGCCCCCGGCUAUGGCGGUCCAACCGUCGCUGUGCAGCCGCCCGCCCCGCUAGUUAGCCAGGUCCCCGUCCCGCUGCGAAACACCAAAAGCGCCCGCAGAAACAAGGCUCACGUAGCCUCGGCUUGCGUCAACUGCAAGAGGGCCCAUCUCAGCUGCGACGUCCAGCGGCCGUGCACGCGAUGCGUCACUUCCGGCAAAGAGUCCUCAUGCUACGACGUCCAGCACAAGAAAAGGGGCCGUCCCAGGCUCCGCGACGUCCAGGAGAGCAGACCGCCCCAGGCCCACGAGUUAGGCGAGCAUUCGACGUCUGCUAGCGAGAGUCCAGUGCCCGGUCUGGCGCCUGGAGGUGUGCGGCCGGACUCUGGUCGCCCGCUACGAGCCACUCGAAGGAGUUUCGGAGUGCCGGCCACUUUUCGGCAUCCAACGUCGACCGUGCAGAGUCUGUCGCCAAGUCCAUUUCCUCAGGAGGGUGCGGUGCAGUAUCCGACGCUCGAGUACGCGCGGCCGGUACCGUCCUACGUGACGCCCAUGGCGCUGCUGAAUCUAGACCUCCACCUCAUCAAGACCAACUCGGCUUUCAACAUGCUCUUUGGCAGAUCGGACCUGUACGGACGAGAACUUUCCGAGCUUGUCGAGUCCCAUCACGCAGAGACGGUGCAGAGGUUGCGCAGUGAGCUGAGAGAUGAGCGGGAUCAGCGAGAGCCGUCGUACAUGCCGCCUAUUUUUGGUCCUAGAGAGCAGGAGGCAGUUCAGGGUAUUGAAGAAGAUGAUUUGGAUCGCAUCAGCCACGGCUAUACGGACCGUGGAUUCACUUGGCGAUUCAGCUCUAUUUUUGGGCAGCCGCAGGAAGUGCGGGCCCGAAUCAUCGCGGCCGCCCUCGAGAGCGACCCCAACUGA